AUGGACACCCCCGAUUUGGAUGGCUCCUCAUCACUUCAAGAUGGAUCCACUGAUCCAGCGACGAGGAAGAGAAUAGCAAAGGUUCACAAGAAGAACACUCGGGGUGAGACGUCGUUGCAUGUUGCGGCGAGGAAAGGCGAGACGGAGACGUGCGCACAAUUGCUAAGAGACGCCGUUGAGCCGAAUUGGGUAAACCUUCCCGAUUACGCUGGUUGGACGGCGCUGCACGAGGCGUGUUACCAGAGUCGAUACGAGACUGCGGAGAUGUUGAUCAGAAGUGGAGCCAACGUGAAUCAAGCGUCAAACGAGGAGUUGACGACACCGUUGCACGAUGCGGCUCAAGCUGGCGAUAAUGCGAUAGUGUGGCUUCUCUUAAAUUAUGGCGCUGAUCGAAAUGCACACGAUUCAAAGGGGCAACGACCGAUCGAUUUGUGCGAGUCGGGCUCGAGAGUCGCCUCGUUGUUGACAAGUGCUGAAUUGCCGAGCGAAUGUCCGAGUGAGUGCCCGUCGCCACAGCAAGCGAUUGAGGAUAAACCGAUUCAAGGAGUGAUUGAAGCCUCAAAUCUCGAACUAUUGACUGAGCCAACGAGUCUUUCGAAUCUCCCACCGUUGGGCAUAUCAACGUGUACAGAGGAUGCAACGUCAUUUCAUAGCCCUGGUGUCGGCGAGUUGCUCUCCUCGGUGCCUUUCGUUGUCCCGGAAGCUCUCACGAGUCUUGUGAAUGCUACUCUACCGCCAAUCAUCCCAAACAUUGAACAACCCGAAGAACCAAGAGUUGAGCUCCCGAAAGUCGAAGAUGCUCGUAGUCGAAUAGAAGGCGGUCUACAAGAGUCAAUGGAUUUCGAUGAUGAGGAUGAGAAUCGAUUGUUGAUUGAAGAUGAAGAAGAAGAGGAAGAGGGAGAAGGAGGAGGAGGAGGAAGAGAUGGAGAAGGAGAUGGAGGAGGAGAAGGAGAAGGAGGAGGAGGAGGAGAUGGAGAUGGAGAUGGAGGAGGAGGAGAAGGAGAUGGAGAAGGAGAAGGAGAUGGAGAUGGAGAUGGAGAUGGAGAUGGAGAAGAUCAAGAAAUACAAAAAGUUCAGAAAGGAGAGGUUGGCAUUAAUGGAGAUGAGGGGAGACAAAGGGAGAACGAUGAUCAAGUCGAGAUCUCUGGCACUCCGGACACCGAUCCACCGCUGAGAAUUGAUGAGGAGAGUCCAGAGGCCAUGGAAAUCGAUUCAGUUUUGCUGGGGAAAAGAGGGAAAGUGGGCAGACCGAAGUCUUCACGCACUUCUACACCGAUUCCGACAAAUCACGGUCUACGCGAUCCGAAUUCCGAUCGGAAACGGGGACCCGGACGUGGCCGAAAACGAGGCGCUAGAGCGACUGGCCGCGGUGGCUCGUGCACCUCAUCACCCAGAGCCUCCCGCUUCAGCGAACAGGAUAUCUACGAGUUCAAAGAUAGUCCCGAUAGUGGCAAUGAACAGGGUGAAGAGCUGCCCGAGCGCGAGUCCUCCGCUCCACCUUCAUGGAAACGAAUGCGAAUUGAUGAGGAUGCGAGCAGGAGUGGGGAUAGUAAUGGCAGUGCCUCGUCACCUCUUCAAUCAAACGGUCAACAAGUGCCAGUGCUUCGGAUCUCUCUGAAGGGUGGAUCAGAUGAUGAGACGAUGGACAACGAUAGUCAGUCGACGAGCAGUCGUGGCGGUAAAGGCUCUUCUCGGGGUAAAAGUCUUUCUCUGAGCUCAGCAAAGAAGCCAGGCGCACCGCCGACUCGCGAAGGGACACCAUUGGGACAAACGGACGACGAUGGACAGAGUCGAAUGACGAGAAGCAGGAUUCGUCAAUCCGGCAAAACGAUCGAAGAGCCUGAUUAUUGGGGAAAAGGCGGGAAAAAGUUGAAACGAACCCUUGCCGAGGGUGAGGGCGGGGAAAAGGAAGAAGAGAUGGGGGAUGAGAUCGGUGAACAAGAUGAAGAAGAAAGAGAUGGGGAAAAGGAGAAAGAAGACUAUAUAGAAGCUCAGUAUGACAUUGAGCAAAUUGCACUGAAAGAGACCAACAUUGCGCAAAGGAUUAUGCUUUAUGACAGCACGAAGAGUCGCUUGGAGUUACAGAAACAGCUAAUCUCUCGUUGGAUUGAAGACUCUUCCCUUGACACAGCAUCAACAAUGGCUGCUGAGAACACAAUGCCUCCAAAUUAUCCCCAAUACAUGAUCGCUACUCGAGAUUAUUUUACGGAUAUUGAUUGGUACAGAGAAAUGAUCGAAAAGGAACCAUUGCUUGCAACGAUUCCAAAAGAAUUGAGAGAGUUUUGGGAUUCGCAGCAGAAAAAGCGUGAGCACAUCUUGCAACGAGCAAGCUACGAUCUGGCUCGACAACAAAUGCUUUAUGAGAGAGAGUACGUGAGACACUAUCGACGAUCGAUUUGUGGGCCAAAUCGUCUAAACCUGUGCCGUAUGUUGAGAGAGCUGGAAACAUACAAUUCAAUGACCCUUCUUCAACCUGGCCAUCCAGAGGAUGAAGCAGUGCUGAGAAAAGAGGAUUUUACGAAAACCAUGGAGUCACCAAUACAAGAAAUGUGGAGAAGGCACUGUAUCGAGGCUGUCGCAUUGGCUACGUCACAGCGUUCCCACUUCUCGAUCGAGGCACGUGCACUUGGUUUAACGCUUGAAACGAGGGUUUUGGAGAAGCUGUGCCCAGAAAUCCCAACAAGACGACUUGAGAUGUAUUUG